AUGAGCACACUACCCCCUCAGCAGGCGUAUCGCCUUCCCGCUCUCCCUCAUGACAUGUAUCGUGGUGGUCCUCCUCCCCAAGACAUGUACCGUGGUCAGCCGCCGCACAUGGCAUAUCCACAGCACCAGCCUGCGCCUCGUCAGAGGACCGCCAUCGCUUGUCGUUACUGCCGGCGACGGAAGAUUCGCUGUUCCGGCUUCGAAAAUCAGGACGGCCGAUGCACCAACUGCGUCCGCUUCUCGCAGGAGUGCUUGUUCACUCCCGUAUCCGCCCAAGCCCAAGCCUUUGUGCCCGCUCAAACCGCCUGGCGUAACGGUCAGACGCCACCUCUCUACGGCGCGUACGGGCAGCCACUCCCGCCACAGCAUCACCAAGACCCAUACGCCCCUCGCCAGCCUGGCUACGCUCUCCCCAGCCCAUCAGGUCCGUAUCCCGCACCCGGUUCGGCGUACCCUCCCGGGCCGUACGAUGACCGGAGCAGCCAUGAUGCAACCAGCAGGAAGCGGCCGGCCAAUGAACCACACACGCCAACGCUCCCGCCGCCGAAUCCAGCAACUGCAUCACAGCUCUCCGGCCAUCGCGGCUCAGGUGCCGAGUCUUCACCGUACACUUAUCCAGAUCCUACGGCUCUGACUCCUGCCGCUGUUUCUCCAGCCUCCAGCAACGCCUCCUACCACUCCUCGGUCCCCCCGCAUUCCCAGCCGCAGCAGCCGUACUACGCCCCCCAGCCCGCGGCGCCGCGUCGCUCGAGCCCCCAGUCGACUUAUUCGUAUGACCCCGGACGGGCCUCGUCGUCGCCGAAUACACAAGCUGCGCCGACCACGCCUGGGCAGGCUGGCUACGGAUACGGCGGUGUCGGUCCUGAUGGUCUCCGUCCGCCUCAGGGGGGACCGGCGGGUCACAACGACGGUAGAACGCCUCCGCCGACAAGUCAGGGUGGCAGCAGACCGGGCAUGAGGAUUACGGAUAUCGUUGAUGGUGGCUCGGGUGGCGGGAGAAGCGCGGCGGAUAGCGACAUGUUGAAGGCGCUAAAUCGGAGGCCUAUGUAG